AUGCACCAGCAAAAUGGUGAUCGAAGCUGCAAAAACGAAGCCAUUGGCGGCGCACACUACGGCCCUGUCAUAGUGUACCUUAGCAAAGUCGACAACGCCGCCUCGGCCGAUGGCUCUUCGCCAUGGUUCAAGAUUUUCCAGGACGGCUGGUCCGCGAAAGCAGGUGCCGGUUCAGGUGACGACGACAACUGGGGCGUCAAAGACCUCAAUACCUGCUGCGGCAAGAUGAACAUCCCCAUUAGUAAGGACAUUGCCGACGGAGACUACCUCCUACGUGCCGAAGUGAUUGCGUUGCACGCGGCUAGUCCUUCUGGUGGGGCGCAACUGUACAUGACUUGCUACCAGAUCUCAGUCACGGGAGGUACGGGCACGGCAAAGCCUGCUACCUUCAGUUUUCCUGGCGCUUAUAAGGCUAGCGACCCGGGCAUUGGCGUCAACAUUCAUGCAAAGCUCUCAUCCUAUGUGGUUCCGGGUGGCGCCGUUGCCUCAAUCGGUACCACCAAGACAGCCGGGUCAGGAUGUAGUGGAUGCGAGUCGACGUGCGAUGCUACUAAGGGACCUGUUGGUACAGCUCUUCCUGUCACGCCUGUCGGAGGUGGAGGCGAAGGCACCUCGCCGGGAACUGGGAAUCCGCCGUCGUGUACUGUGCAGAAGUACGGCCAGUGUGGCGGUCAGGGAUGGACAGGAUGCACGACUUGCGCGUCUGGUUCAACUUGCCAGGGUGUUUCAGUGCCGUACUACUACCAGUGUGCCUGA